UCUGCAUCCGGGUCAGCUGCUGCCGCAGCAGCUGUAGACUGGGGACUGGGCCCGGGUCUCCGCUGCUGUCCGAGGGGAGCGGGCUCCUCUCGACGCUAUCUCCUACGCCCUGGCCGUCAGUCCCACGUCGCCGGCCUGGAGGGGCGAAGAAGACGAGGGAGCCAAGGCUUCCUGCGGGGGCAUUGGCUCUCCGGAUUAUCAGGAGUUUGUAGUUGAUAUUGAAUCUAAGCUGAGGAUGGAAGGUGUGGAACUUAAAGAAGAAUGGCAAGAUGAAGAUUUUCCAAUACCUUUACCAGAGGAUGAUAGUAUGGAAGCAGAUGUAUUAGCUGUAAGUGGACCAGAGAACCAGCCUGAAGUUAAUGGAAAUAAAGUAAGAAAGAAACUCAUGGCUCCAGAUAUUAGCCUGACCCUGGAUCCUAGCGAUGGCUCUGUGCUGUCAGAUGAUUUGGAUGAAAGUGGGGAGAUUGACUUAGAUGGCUUAGACACGCCAUCAGAAAACAGUAAUGAAUUUGAGUGGGAAGAUGAUCUUCCAAAACCCAAAACUACUGAAGUUAUUAGGAAAGGCUCGAUUACUGAGUACACAACAGCAGAGGAAAAAGAAGAUGGACGACGCUGGCGUAUGUUCCGAAUUGGAGAACAGGACCACAGGGUUGAUAUGAAGGCAAUUGAACCCUAUAAGAAGGUUAUCAGCCAUGGAGGAUAUUACGGGGAUGGAUUAAAUGCCAUUGUUGUGUUUGCUGUCUGUUUUAUGCCCGAAAGUGGUCAGCCUAACUAUAGAUAUCUGAUGGACAAUCUCUUUAAGUAUGUUAUUGGCACUUUGGAGCUAUUAGUAGCAGAAAACUACAUGAUAGUUUAUUUAAAUGGUGCUACAACUCGAAGGAAAAUGCCCAGUCUGGGAUGGCUCAGGAAAUGCUAUCAGCAAAUUGAUAGAAGGUUACGGAAAAACCUAAAAUCACUAAUCAUUGUACAUCCCUCAUGGUUUAUCAGAACACUUCUAGCUGUCACAAGACCCUUUAUUAGCUCAAAAUUCAGCCAAAAAAUUAGAUACGUCUUUAAUUUGGCAGAACUAGCGGAACUUGUCCCCAUGGAAUAUGUUGGCAUACCAGAAUGCAUAAAACAGUAUGAAGAAGAAAAGUUUAAAAAGAAACAAAAAAGAGUUGAUCAAGAACUUAAUGGAAAACAAGAUGAACCGAAAAGUGAACAGUAAGUUUGGUGUCUAGUCCAAACAAGACUGAAGAAUGUGCUGAUGAAGCAGUGCUCUUUUUUGCAUUUAUAAUGCAUUUAUUGGCCCUGAUUUUUAUGUAACCUGUUACAAAAUUGACUCUUCCUUACUGGACUUUUGUAUAAGGGACUGUUCACUGCUGUAUUGGUUUGCAAAUCUCUUGAAUUUAGCUCCUUAUUAGCUAAUUAUAUUGUAAUCAUUUUGUAUUUUAUAUUGCUAAAUAGCAGAGAACCACACUUUAUAUAAAGCAGUUUUUGCAUUUGUUUGUUGAAUGAUGCAUCAUCUUCAGUAAACUAUUUAUAUGCCUAAAUGGUAAAGGAAAGAGAUAAUAUAUAUUUUUGUUUCUGAGCAAUAUUUUUUAAUGUAUACCUGUCUUGUGGAAGAAUAUGCAGGUAAAUAAGACCAUGAUUUGUAAAGUGCAUGUUUGAAUUUUUGUUUUUGUAAAUGGUUAGAUACAUUUCCUGGGUAACUUAAAAAACAGAGUUGCUCAUAAGGUGAGGGACAGUUAAACUGGUUCUCAUGAAUACCCAAAGGUCAUGUACAUAAUCUAAGUAGAUUAAGAUUAAUACUAUCCUAAGCUUUUUUUCCCCUCAUUUAUUACUGUUUCUUAAUUCAGAAGCACAGAUACAAAUGUAUUGCACACAUUUUCCUUUUUAAACUUUAAAGACAAGUCAAAAAGCCAUUUUUAGAACUACACAAUUUAAGAGGCUAAGAAGUGGGGUUUGUAUAUAUGUAUAUAUGGGAUGUUUUAUCUUCUGGCCAAAAGUCAGAACUUUAUAAAAAUUUUAGGUCUGUUCACUAAUGUGAAAUAAGCUUGUGUGUCCAGGGUAUCACUCUCCAGAACAUGUGAGUGCAGUGUAGUGUUCAGAGAAUGUCAUGAGUUACUGACUGUCACUAUUUUUCUGUAGAAAAUAGGGGCUGCUUUUUAACUGCUCUCAGUGUGGGCACUUUACCAAAAUACUUCUGUAUCGGUUACUGAAACUUGAUAGCAGAGGUUCAGGUGUUUGACCUUGUGGAAUCAUGUUGACAGUACUGUAAAUUUAAGUUAUUUUGUAAGUCUUAGAGCAUCAUUACAUUAUGCUGUUUUGGACAAUAUGGGAUAUAAGCAUAUAAACUUUUCAUUUAAUUUGUUAAGUACCUUGACUCUACAUUGAAAUACAUUGUACUGAGGUGCCCAAACAGAACGUAAUAACCCACAAAAUCAUCCUAAAACAACAGAUUGAUCUGAUAGUAUCAUCUGCUUUUGUGACUCAUACACAUGUGGAAAAAUUUUAAAUUUAUCCUCCAAAUUUAAGGGUACUACCACACCCCAGCCCUUCCUGUAAGGUAAUUUAUAAAAGAAUGUGCUAGAAUAGCAAAAUGAAGCAGAUGAGAGCUAAGCUUUUAGGAUUUAUUCUGCCCCAGACUGAACACACAUGUGGCUUUUACCAUUGCCAUUUUUCAUACAAAGUUUCUACUAAAAAAGAGCAUUUUCCUUUACUUUUUGUCCUCUUUGGUUAUAGACUUGGCAUGCUAAACUAAGUCCAGUUAUGGGAGAUGCUGGAGGAUUCCCAGGAUGAGGUGUUCCUCAGCAGUCUUCUGACUUAACUUGAAUCAGCAGCCACAGGCAGAUCCUAAACUGAUGUUAUUAUAUCAAAUAAAGCCAAAACCAUUAUUGCUUGCUCAAACCUUAGGGAAAGUUUGUGUUGAAAAAGCAAACUAACGGUAACAACUUAGGCAUUCCUUCUGAAUUUACCAUGCGAGAAUUAUGAAUAAAGGAUCAAUGAAUUUAAUUGUGAUUAGAGUCUAUAUUCAUAGAGCUCUUUAAGCAGUCUUUUCUCUAUACAUAUUUAUCCUGUUCAAAAUUUGCUGAACUUCUUACAUAGGUGGUUUUCCUCCACAUAAAGUACACAGUUCUUCAGGGUCAACAGUUUAUUGCAUUUAUUCACUUUUGCUUUUGCAAGCAUUGUCCCUAACUAUAGAUACAACUUGUUGCAAAAGUGGUGCAUGUUCCUAAAUAUUUUUUUAAAGUACAAAUAAUCUUUAAUCUGUUAGACAUGAAAAUUCAGAGGGAACAGUGGUAACACUUGGGAUAUAAUGAAAGGCAUGUGUUGUAAAUCAGUGGUUUAAAAGACACCUGCUCUACCCGACACCUUAAUGGAAUCUGGUAUAGGGACAUGCCCCCUAAUAAAUGUUUCAUAACUGUAAGGUUUAAGAUCAUAACUAAUAGGUUAGAGGAAAAGCAUUUAGGAAGUUUGUUAUUUGUAAUUUAUCACUAUGUGACAUUCCUCCCAUAGCAUUCAAUUUUAAUUUUCCUUUGCUGAUUGAAAUGAAAGUACAUAAAAUUGUAUUAUUUUAUCUGUCUCCUGGGGUCAUGGAUCUAACUUAACUGGUUUAAUUUUAUUUUUGCCACUAUAUUUUGUUAUACUUGGGCUCGAGUGUCUCUUUUUAAUCCAAAGUUUCUCAUACAUAUAAUUUACCUUUGUUCUGCUUGGUUAUAUUCCUAGUAGCACCAAGAAAAAUGCUACAUUGGCCUCCUACUUGAAGCUUAAUAUAAUAGCCUUUAACUCAGUUGAUGGCAUGGAGAGGGAUAGGAUCCUAAGGAGGGCCUAGUGGGGUAGUUUGAAAGGAAGAUAACAAGGAAGUAAGAGAAAGAACUUUAGAGUUUAGAGUGGCUGUUAUCUCAGGUGGCACUGAAUGUGUCCCUGUUAAGGGAAAUACCGUGUAUGGCAGCUCUUUGCCCCAUCUAACAGGCUUUCUUGCGUCCAACAGGAAAACCUGCAGUCUUCACAUAGAAUAUGUGAAAUAAGACUGGAGUGAAGAGUGCAAAGGCUGACAAUACCUCUAAAGAGAAUUUAUGUUUUCUCUGCUUUUUCUCUUCACACAGAAGCAAAUUUGAACAGAGAGGGUCAACAAUUACAGUGCUCAGAUUAAAGUUUAGGGCUAGAUUAUUUUUCAUAUUUUAUGAAACAUAAACAUUAACGUAGUCUUCCAAAAUGAAUAGCACUACUUGGUAACUGCACUGAAUACUGAAAUUUUCUGAUUGUAUAUCAGUAGCUAGAAUUUCUUCAACUACAACUUCAGAAUUUAAAAAAGUCAAGGAUCUGCUUUUUGAUAGAAACUUCUUGUAGAUGAUUAUAGUGUUACUAUUUGGCUGUUUUUAUGGGAGUGCUCAGGGAAUUUGGAAGUGUUUGAUUUAGUGCAGAAGUGGCUUUUUUAGAUUUCUUCAGUUGAGAGGUAAAUUAGCAUUAGGGUGUUAUUGGUUAGAACAGGCCAGUUUCUUGUUGAGAUCAGUAAAGGUGUGUAUAUAAGGUGACAGUAGCUUCAUUCUUUCCCUGUGUUAUAUGUGGAAAUGGCUAACAUUGCUCAGUCAGAAGGGAGAAGACAGGCUGAAAAUAGAAAUUUGCUAAUCCAUUCCAUCAUGUUUUCUUUCUUAUUUUUUUUUCAAAUAUUUAGAUAUUUAAGAAAUGGAUCACAAACCUCAAAAGGAAGGAAUAGAGGAGAGUUAAUUUGCUUAUUAGUUAGACCAACUAUUCUGUUAGAGUUUAUCCUUGUCACAGGGAACAGGAAUUGUGUGAUUGGAGUCACUGGGAGAAAGCCUGAAGAGUUUGGACUCGCCCAAGAAAGUCAGCUAGUAAGGGAAGUGGGAGAUUUUCUACUCAGUGUUCUAAUAGUACAGAAGAAUUACCUGGGGUCCUUUCACUCACCUCUACCAUUCAGAAUCUUUCACUCACCUCUACCGUUCAGAAUCGCAAGAUUCUGAAUGAAUAAGAAUCAGAUCAGUUUCUUUUGAAGUUCUAAAUGGUACUUGAAAAUAAGUAUUGUGUUGAACAUGAGGAGUGACACUAAAAUUUGAACAUAGCUGUUAUGUUGUUGCAACUGUAUAUGAUAGAUCUAUUUAAUUUUUUAUGUUUUGAGAAUUACUUUUAAGAAUGCUAUGAAAAGUUUGCAUAAAGCAACUUAAAAACCUGAUGAAAAUCAAGGGUUUAAUUAAGGUUUCAGAUCGAUAAAGAAUAAUGUUGAGCUGUUUGCUUCAUAUAGCUGUCUGAUUCUAUCUUGUAAGACCUUCUACAGGAGAUUAAAACAUUUACAUUUUGGAAUCUUUGUGCUUUCACAAUCAGUGUGGCUAAGGAGGAACUUGGAAAAUAAUACCAAUUAGCUAUUCCACUGCACUUUUUAUAUACGAGCUUUCUAAAGUUAUGUCCCAUAAACCAUUUAUUUACAUAAACCUAGCUAGCAAAUGUUGGAGGUGUGUUCAGGGCCACUGACUUGCACAGUCCAUAGGACACUAUUCACAUAGAACACAAUUCAGAGUGAGUUGGACACCUACACACUUGGAUACAGAUUUCAAAAAUUCAAGUAUCUUUUUUAAUAUAAGUUCACAUGCUGCCAUUAAGACAGAGUGUGCUGUGAUCAUUUCACUGCUAUUCAGUUGAUGUUGCCUGGCCUGGUGCUGUCAUUUUACAGUGUGAGAAAUUCAGUUCUGAUGAUUGUGCAAGAUGUUGAUGUGAUCCCUGUAAGAAAUAAUAGGGUUGGUCGUGAUUUACUAAGGAGAUGUAAUAUUUUAUUUUCCUUUGACUUGUUAGGAAUAUGGUAACUUUGUGUCCUGAUUUGUUGCACAUCAUAUUUUUGCAACAUUAAUGAAUUUAAAUAAAUUAAUUGGAAAGUU